GAAUCGGGUUGAGAAGACUUCUCCCCGCGGAAGUGACGGCGAUGGCGGCUCGCAGUUCGAUUCCGGAUUUGCUGUGAACUGCAAGCAGUUUUCAUGGCGACUGUUUGACUUUUGUUAGUUUUCAACCAUUAUUUUUUCUUCAAAUACCACGGAUAAAAGAAGCGUAUUAAUUACUGUUUUCAAAUUGCGAAGGCCGAAAGUUUUUAGUUAUUUUUCUCCAGGGUUCAAGGUGGUCACCCUACCGAGCUAGCUGCUAGCUUAGCUUGUCACCGAGAAGAGCUGCGUGGUAUAUUCUGACUGUAGCUAGCUAGUCGGUAGCCCACUGUCACUGACCAGAUUGCCUUUGGAUAGAAUACGUCUUGCAAUAGUCUACUUUUGUUUUAACUCUUGUUUUUAUAGUGAAAUUAUUCUGCUAAACAAUGUCAAUCCAUUCCAAUCUAUGAGAGUUGUGCAGCAAGCGUGCAGAGGCACUCACACGUUUGCUCGAUCUAGUCUUGGUAAUUUGGACGCGUUUGGUUCGUUUUUGAGAGGUUCUAGCGAAAGGGUCGGAUUCCGAUUAGACUAUUUGGACCCUCGGCCGAACCACAUUGGGCAACUUAGCUGAGCGGGUUGACUUGUAGUCCCUUCGACCUCUUGUUCCUGUGUGGGUCCUCGUGUGGUCGCCGACAUGCUGAAGACCCGCCAGUGUCUACUUGGCAUCCGCACUUUCCUAGGUGUAACGUCCAGAAUAUGGGGCUUCAUUUUGUACAUUCUCAGGAAGCACCUACGCACGGUAAUCCAGUACCAGACGGUGCGGUAUGACACUUUACCGCUGUCCCCCAUCUCCAGAAACAGACUCAAUGCAGUGAAGAGGAAGAUUCUGGUGCUGGAUCUAGAUGAGACGCUGAUCCACUCUCACCACGACGGGGUCCUCAGACCCACAGUGAGACCCGGCACACCACCAGACUUCAUCCUCAAGGUAGUCAUUGACAAGCACCCUGUCAGAUUCUUUGUACAUAAAAGGCCGCACGUUGACUUCUUUUUAGAAGUGGUCAGUCAGUGGUAUGAGCUGGUAGUGUUCACGGCCAGUAUGGAGAUCUACGGCUCGGCAGUGGCAGACAAGCUAGACAACAAUAGGAACAUCCUGAAACGCAGAUACUACAGACAGCAUUGUACGUUGGAUCUAGGUAGUUAUAUUAAAGACCUGUCUGUCGUACACAAAGACCUGUCUAGUAUCGUCAUCCUGGACAACUCGCCUGGAGCUUACCGGAGUCAUCCAGACAAUGCAAUACCUAUCAAGUCUUGGUUCAGUGACCCUAGUGACACAGCACUCCUUAACCUGCUGCCUAUGCUAGAUGCACUUAGGUUCACCGCUGACAUCCGGUCCGUCCUCAGUCGAAACCUCCACCAGCACCGGCUCUGGUGAUUGGCUAAUUCUGCGGGGAGGGUCUCGCUGAUUGGCUCUUUUUAAACCCCUUCCCCCUGCCUGCUCCCAUCGCUCCUCCGUUCCCACGCAGUUGACCUUUCACCCCUCUCAAAAAAGGACAGAGGAGAGAAGGGUCACAGCAGAACAUCAAACAAGGAAUGAAAGGAGCGAGAUUUGGAGAGCCAGCAAAUGACUGGGGAGGGGGAAGCCAGCUUUUUUCUUUUUCUUUAUUUGUAUGAUUUUUGAAAAAACAAAAUGGAGUCUCUCUGCCUUACAGUUCCUAAUACUGACUCCGUGUAAGUACACAUGGGGCUGAGUUUUUUGUACAUGAGUUGGGAGAAUGCUCACGUUCGUUCGUCAUGCUAAACUUUUGACUAUACAAAAAUAAUAGGGACAGCAAGGCAAUGAACAAGACAUGUUUCCAUCCUGUCAUUAGUCUGGACUCUGCACCUCUAACGACAGGCAACAGCCUGUCAUUGUACUCUUUCUCAACUUGGUACUGGACUUUACUUCUGUUAAGAUGGCCAAGAGUAACUGGACGACAGGAGAAGAUGGAGGAUGAUUAGGUUUGAAUGGGGGUAUUGGGGGAAUAUAGGCCCUGUCAAUCAAUCAGGGUAAUUCAUGUUUCAGGGGUACCAAUAAUUGAGUUAUGACAGGUAAUUUUACACAAUGAAGAUUUGCUACAUAACACACCUCUAGAUGAAUUAUAAAACAGUCAGAUUUAAAAAAUAAAAUGACCGUUGGUUAGACAUGAUCAUUUAUCUCAAACUCAUUCCUCCAAAACCCCUUGUAGGAUACAAUGAGAUGUAAAGAUGGACUGAAGAAGUCAUGAAAGAAAAUAAUGGUUCAAAAAAAGACUUAUUUGGAUGACGGAACCUCUUUCAAUUUCUCAUCUUUCAGUUACCAUGAUGUAUAGAAUGACCUGGACAUCUCCAUUAUUGAACAUCUUAUGCAUCAUCAUUUAAAUUUGAGAUUUGCACUUAAUUUCUGGAUUUUUACUUUUUGUUGUUUUUUUAUUUGAAGGAGAAUGAGCAGCCCUUUCGAUUUUUACCUGUUCCCCUGACCGUAUUGGUUCCAUUUUCUGCUCCUGUCUUUUCAAUGCCAUUUGAACAAUUUCAGUCUUGUCAAGACUGCUUCUUUUUGGCUCAGUCCCCAGGUCUGUGUUACUAAUAAAACACUUGUCAGUAUUGACAACUUUUA